UAUCAAAAUAUGUCAAUUUGCAGCUGCAGAGUUAGUAUCAAUGACUCACUUAUCAGUAGACUUUAAUGAUAAUAUUUUCAAAAAAGUAUUUGAUUCGAAUGAGUUAUUUUUGGAUACCAAUACUUUAAA